AGGUCAAAAACGUCGUAAAGAAAGGGCUUUUCAUUUCGAUUCAGAUGAAGCUUUAAAAACUAAUAAGGGAAAGAAAACAUACAACAUAUUCACUUUUCUUUUUCUCCCUAUUUGUGAUGUCUCAUGUAUAUUGGAUUCUGAUUUUGAACCUUUGGAUCUUAAAAGCGACGUCGUUGCAACCGGGGUCGAGGACGGUGCUUCGAGAGAUUGGCAGCGGCGGUAGUGAUCCGAAGGAUUAUGGCGUUGAACUGAACGCCACGAAUUUCGAUGGAGUUCUCAAGGACACUCCUGCUACUUAUGCCAUAGUCGAAUUCUUCGCUCACUGGUGUCCUGCUUGCAGAAAUUACAAGCCCCACUAUGAAAAAGUUGCUAGGCUUUUCAAUGGACCUGAUGCAGUGCAUCCUGGUAUCAUAUUGAUGACCAGGGUUGACUGUGCAUUAAAGAUAAAUACCGGUCUUUGUGAUAAGUUUUCUGUUAGUCACUAUCCUAUGCUGUUUUGGGGUCCUCCUACAAAGUUUUCCACUGGCUGGAAACCCAAUCAAGAAAAAAGUGAAAUACGUGAAAUUGAUAAUUGGCGAACAGCAGAACUCUUGCUUAAUUGGAUCAAUAAGCAAAUAGGCAGUUCAUAUGGCUUGGAUGAUGAAAAGUUUGAAAACGAGCAACUUCCAUCCAAUAAAUCAGAUCCUGGACAGACUGCUCAAGCCAUUUUUGAUGUGGAGGAGGCAACCGCAAUUGCAUUUGACAUCAUUUUAGAACAGAAGAUGAUUAAAUCAAAAACUCGAGCUUCACUUAUAAAAUUUCUUCAGCUUUUAGUCGCUCAUCAUCCUUCCCAGAGGUGCCGAAAAGGAAGUGCAGAAGUACUUGUGAACUUUGAUGAGUUCUGCCCGUUAGAUAUGUGGUCAUCUGAUAAACAUGAUGUUCCCACCAGUAACCUGAAAGAGGUGCUACAUGAUUUCCAGAUUUGUGGAAAGGAAGUUCCCCGUGGAUAUUGGAUGUUUUGUCGUGGCAGCAGGAACGAAACCAGGGGCUUUAGUUGUGGAUUGUGGGUUUUGAUGCAUUCACUUUCAGUGAGGAUUGAGGAUGGAGAAAGCCAGUUUGCGUUUACAUCAAUAUGUGAUUUUAUUCACAACUUCUUUAUCUGUGAGGAGUGCCGUCAACAUUUUUAUGAAAUGUGUUCAAGAGUUACUAGUCCUUUCAAGAAAUCACGUGAUUUUGCCCUUUGGUUGUGGAGUGCUCAUAAUGAGGUUAAUGAGAGAUUAAUGAAGGAAGAAGCAUCUCUAAAAACCGGAGAUCCAAAGUUCCCUAAGAUAAUUUGGCCUCCAAAGCAACUUUGUCCUUCAUGUUAUCACUUGGUAGGUCCCAAAGAUAAAGGAACCAAUCAGAUUGAUUGGGACCAGAAUGAAGUGUUCAAGUUCUUAAUGAGUUAUUAUGGAAAUACACUUAUAUCUUUGUACAAAGGAAAGGGCGUUCUUGCUGAUGGUAGGACCAAUGCUACCCUGGAUGAUUUGGUGACCUCAACGAACGCAGUUGUGGUGCCUAUCGGGGCUGCAUUUGCUAUUGCCAUUGCUAGCUGUAUGUUCGGAGCACUUGCUUGCUACUGGCGGUCACGGCAGAAGAGUAGAAAGUAUUACCAUCAACCAUACUAUUUAAAGAACAUAUGAUGAUACAAGUACUUUCAUAUCGUAUUAUAAGCAUUAGAAAGGGCUAAAAUGGUACGGAACAGUUGUAGCUUUGAUGCUUAGAAUUGUAACAUUCUCAUUUGCACCACUUUUCAGGCCAAGGAGGAGCUGGAACUAAGAUUUACUUAGACAACAGAAAAUAUACAACCUUUAAGAUGCCUGGUCUGAUGAGCUCGAGCUUGAAGAAGAAAUCCGGUUUCAGCCCUUUAUCAACAGUCCCACUUGAGGUCCCAUUCUUUAACAGUUCUGUUCUUUCAUGAAGCUCAUCCUGAAAUAUUGUUUUGGUGCUAUAAUAUUUAACAUGGUUUUGAUUUUGAGAAAGAAAUGAUAUAUAUAUAUAUAUUGUACUUACGAUUGCCGUUUGAUCACAUUUGACAUACUGCAUUGACUUUUGUUAAUUGUCCGAUCCAUGCUGUCGAUUGAUACUCUUA